AUGAUGCUGGAGUGGUCAUUCACCUACCACUAUCUCAACCAAGAACCACAAGCCAUCCCUAGUCCUCACACUUCCUGCCACGCCCUGGAGAUGCGGGGUUCCUCCUGCGACCCUCAAACAAUUGCAGAAGUGGAGGCUGCAGAACCCAGAAAGGAGUCGGGGGGGCGGGUGUGUGUGUGCGGGGCGGGGGCGGAGGAGAGGGGAGGCUGGAUUCGCGGUCAAGCGAAGCCAGUGGAGAGUGCUCUGCGGCCGUCGGUGUCCCGCACGGGGCUCCCCCGCCACACACACCCCCAGCGCUACCCAUGCCGGGACCCCAGCACCCUGCCUGGCCCCCUCCCCCGGGUUCCGCGGGCGGUGACAGUUGGACCAGGCGCCCGGCGCGGGGGGAGGCGGGGCGGGGCCGGCCGCCUUCGCCGCAGCCUCCCGCACUCUCGCCCCACCGGGCAGCUCGGAGCCCCUUCCCGCGCCGGCAUGGAGCCCCCCGCCGCCGCCGACGCCGAGCCCCUGGCUGUCGCCGCGGACAGCCAGGGCGCGGCAGCCUCCGACCCGCCCCCCGAGCGGCUGGACGCCCCCGGGAGGCGCGGCGGCCUGCGGGGUGCGCUGUCCCCCGACGUGCGGCAGGAGGCGGCCGCGCUGGUGGCGCUCGCGGGCCCCGUGUUCCUUGCUCAGCUGAUGAUCUUCCUCAUUAGCAUCGUCAGCUCUAUAUUCUGCGGACACCUGGGCAAAGUGGAGCUGGAUGCUGUGACGCUUGCUGUCUCGGUUGUGAAUGUUACUGGGAUUUCAGUUGGAACUGGCUUAGCCUCUGCUUGUGAUUUUCUGUUGGCCCAAGUCCUUGGAGGCAGGAACCUGAAGCGUGUGGGGGUCAUUCUUCAACGAGGAGUCCUCAUCUUGCUGCUGUGCUGCUUCCCUUGUUGGGCCAUCUUCAUCAACACUGAGCACCUCCUCCUGCUCUUGAGACAAGACCCCGAGGUCGCCAGGUUGGCCCAAGUUUAUGUGAUGAUUUUCAUUCCUGCUCUUCCUGCAGCGUUCCUGUUCCAGUUGCAGACAAGAUAUUUACAGAGUCAGGGCAUCAUCAUGCCCCAAGUUGUUACUGGGAUUGCAGCAAACAUCGUCAAUGUGGGCAUGAAUGCCCUCCUGCUGUAUGCCCUGGACCUUGGAGUGGUAGGGUCGGCCUGGGCCAACACCACCUCCCAGUUCUUCCUGGCUGCCCUUCUUUUCCUGUACGUGUGGUGGAAGAAAAUCCACAUCAGCACCUGGGGAGGUUGGACACGCGAGUGCUUCCAGGAGUGGAGCUUGUACACCCGCCUGGCCAUCCCCAGUCUGUUCAUGGUGUGCAUCGAGUGGUGGACCUUCGAGACUGGGACCUUCCUCGCAGGACUCAUUAACGUGACAGAGCUGGGAGCUCAGGCCAUCAUUUACGAACUGGCUUCUGCAGCCUACAUGGUGCCUCUUGGCUUUGGUGUGGCUGCCAGUGUCCGAGUGGGUAACGCUCUGGGGGCAGGGAAUGCUGAGCAGGCCUGGUGCUCCUGUACCACUGUUGUCCUGUGUGCUGGCAUUUGCGCGUUAGCCGUGGGAGUUCUCCUUGCAGCUCUGAAGGAUGUGGUCGCUUACAUAUUCACCAGUGACAAGGACAUUAUUUCUCUUGUGAGCCAAGUGAUGCCUAUUUUUGCUCCCUUUCAUCUGUUUGAUGCACUUGCAGGCACUUGUGGUGGAGUCCUGAGAGGUACAGGGAAACAAAAGAUUGGCGCCAUCUUGAAUGCCAUUGGUUACUAUGUGUUUGGUUUUCCCAUUGGAGUAUCUCUGAUGUUUGCUGCUAAACUUGGGAUAAUAGGUCUCUGGUCUGGAUUGAUAGUCUGUGUCUUCUUUCAAGCCCUAUUCUAUUUGGUGUAUAUUCUGAGGACAAACUGGAAUAGAGUUGCAAAGCAGGCACAGGUUCGAGCUGGGCUAAAAGGCAAUAGAGAGACCAUACCUACUCCAGCAGAUCUGCCUAUCCUGGAAAGAGAAGCAAUUGAUGGCGUGAUUUUACCUGAUAUCAUCAGACCGGAGAGCCAGACCGUGCAAUUGAUGGUACUAGAUGAAAGCAACCAGUAUGCAGUGCCCACCAUUGGGGAUGUCUUGACAGUGAGACAGUUGAUUUUCUAUCGUGGAAUGGCUUUAGCUGUUGCCAUUGCUGUCCUGGUAGCAGGAAUUUUAGUAAGAGUUUUCAAUGACCGUGGCUGA